CGAUCUGUGGCGGCACGGGCCGCCGGCAGAUCGCAAUGUAACCCGGCGCUUUUAUACGAUGAGCCACCGUGGGACACCAUGUUUCCUCCUUGUACUUCUUCUCCUAUUGUCUGAUCAUACGAGUCAUUCUCAGCAUUGGUCCUAUGGGCUGCGGCCAGGAGGAAAACGUGACAUUGAAACUCUCCAGGAAUCCUAUCCAGAGACCCAGGAUGCAGUCUCCUUGUUCACAGAGCCUCAGCGCCUUGAGUGUUCCUUACCACAGAACAGAUAUGGCCUCUUGAAAGGAGCUUUGAUGAAUUGGCUGGAGGGAGAGGAAAGCAGAAAGAAGAUGUGAAGAGAUCAAGCUGCAUAUUUUACAUGAUCUAAUAAAACACGAGCUGAGAUCACA